AUGAGAGCAUCGACGGCAGCUGCCAGUGCACCGGCCAUAGCUGAUGCAUGCGAGAGUGCCAAGUCUAGACGGAUAUGCUCGAUAAUCAUUGUAGAGAAAGGACGAAAGAAAAUAUCGCUGCGUAACGCCGGUAAUUUGGUUGCUCACGUACUGUCUCGACCGACAAGCCUGCUAGAGUUUCUAUCGGGUAGUUGUGCCGAAGCUGACGUGAGAGCAGCGUAUCUUAAUUCCAACCCGGCUUCGAGUAAGGUCCCAAAUGCGGAGCGAAUCCACGCACCUGGACAAAUGGUCGAGCGGGAAAAAACCGAAGCCUUCUUUAAAGUGGUGGCUCCCCUUCAGCACCGAAUCACCGACGACAUUAUCAGGCCGGCUGAGGCGGAAGGUUACCACGAGAAGAAUAAACAAAAGUCGGCGAUCAAAAUGGCGACGCUAAGGUUUCAAGGCGUCUAA